AUGUCCAAACCAGACGCGUUCAGGAGAAUGAUUUGUAGAAUUAAUGGAUCACUCGAUCACGCUAGUACUCAGCUCUUGGACGUCUACUGGGGGAGUAGCUUCCAUGGCAAAGAGGCGGCUACUUUGGGACGUUUAUUGGCUCUUCGCGCUCCAUUCUCGCGCUGGAGAAGUUUGCGUUUACAAACGCCUGUCACCCUCUCACCUGGUGCCCUUUUUCAUGCACCUUCGAUGCAAGGAUUUACCGCCCUGGAGAGCCUGUCUAUGGGAGGUGCACAGACGUGUCCCGAAAUGUUGCAUAUCAUUGGCCAGACCGCGACAGCACGACUGGUAGAGUUAGACAUUCAGGGAAGUUAUAUAUCUCCGGCCGAGUUCCUCCGACAUGGAGGUGAAUCGAUCCUCAAGUUUGUUCGGACGAUGAAGAUAGACAAUCAAUUUUCCAAUCAUUCAUCGUUUGGACGUCAUAUAUUUCCUCCCAACGUGACGAAUCUCCAUACUUUUGCCAUUCCGCUAAUCCCUCUACCGCAUAUUCGACACCUUAUCGCAAAAGGAACGCCACUCCUCCAUCUACAAAAGUCGAGCUUCCCCAGUCUUAUCACCCUCGACAUCUCUUUUGCAUCCGCGGCGGAUAAAUUUGGCGACUCUAUCCUCUUCCCUUCGUUAACUUAUUUGGUCUACCGUGGGCCUUCAUUCAGUCAACUCCCUCUCAUUCACGCCCCCGCCUUGGUAUCCUUACAGUUGCGCGGUAAUCAUAUUUGGAAGGCAUCUGCUGAGGAUAUGCUCGUUCACGCUUUCCAGAAGAACCUACAAUAUAAUCUUACACCCAGUUCCCUCACGAUAGACGUACAUGUUCGCAAAAGCACCAUGAUCAUAAUGAUUAGCAGGCAUAUUGAACGCCUCCGUGAUCUCUGCGUAACCUUGCCAAGCGAGGAAAUCGCGCAACACGUAGUGGAACACUUGCUCAAGGCGUCGCAAGACACAUAUGGAUCAAUCAUUUAUGCGAUACUCUCAAAGCUCACCUUGAAGUUGCUCUGGGUCACCAACGACCACCCAAAGUGGCGAGCCCUCGCACGAAAAUUAGUGGAUUCACCCAAUUUCUCAUCUAUGGAAACCGUCUUUAUUGAAUGGAAGGAUGGCUCUAGUUUGCUCGAGAGACGCACCUGA